CCGCCUCCGCCGCCGCGCGCCAUUCUCCGCGUCGCCCGUCCCCGCGCGCCCCGGCCAUGGAAGGCCUGGCCAUCCGUCCCGCCAAGGGCUACCGCGUGGUGCUGCUCGGCAGCGUGGCCGUGGGCAAGACGGCGCUGGCCACACAGUUCGCGUGCGGCACCUUCCCGGAGACGUGCGAGCCGUCGGUGGAGGACCUGUUCAGCAAGGUGAUCGAGGUGAACGCGGCGCCCGCGCUGCUGGAGAUCGUGGACACGGUGGGCGCCGAGCACCUGGUCACGCUCAAGGACUUGUACAUCCGCAACAGCGACGGCUUCGUGGUGCUGUACAGCGUGAGCAGCGAGGCCUCGUUCGCGGCGGUGCGGCCCCUGCGCGCGCGCAUGGGAUGGGCUGGCCCUGCCGAGCUCUUCUCAGACUCUGGCUGUGACAAAUUAGGUCACAAGAAGGCCAACUGCUGCUCUCCUUCCCUCUGCGUCCUUCUCAGAGCCGGGUCCAGGGAAAAGAGUCCUGUGACCAAGGUCAGCAAAGGCAAGGGCCAGCAACAGUGCGGGAAAAUCAAGUGUGGUGGUGACCACCGAGCACAUGGAGCAGCAGCAGGGAAGGAACACAGCUCGCCCCGCCCGUCCUCAGUCACGGAGGCGCCCAGCGGCUGCGCCCAGCUGCGGGAGAUGCUCAGGCCUCCUGUGUCCACUCUCCAGAGUCCUCGAAGAGACCCCAGUGAAGAGUCCACCGUUUCCACUCUCUUCCGGUUCAGUCCUCAGGUCUAG